UCUCUUCCUCUCUCGUUCUCUUCUUUUCCUCUCUACCAGAAAAAAAUUCUCCCAUCUGAUAAGAAAUCAGACCUUUGUAAACCUAGAAAACCUAUGCUCCUCUCGUUCUCUUCUCUACCAGAGAAAAAGUUCCCUCGUCUGAUUAAGAAAUCAGAACUUUGUAAACCUAGAAAACCCUUUUCAGUAAUAAGACUUAAUUUAUUAAACCCUAGAAAAUUACUCUGAUUAUCUACACAUUUGGAAGAAGAUUCAGGUAGAUCCUUACCUGUAACCUUAUAUCUGAUUUCAAUAUUGGGUUUUUCGAUUUGAAAUUGUGUUUAAUUUUUGAUUUCUAACUCUCAAUCUUACUGAGGUAGACGUGAUUGCUCAAGCUCAAUCUGGUAUUGGACAAAAGUUCUUUUAUUUCUCUUAUUGCUGUUUGUUCUUUUAUUGAUCUUAUUGUUGUUUGUCAAAUCGUUGAUACUUCUAAUCGAGAGUAAGUUCUGAAAAACUCAAACCCUUUGUUUUUAGAUUGAUUUUAUAAUCUUUGAUUUCUUCUAAACGUUGUAUUUUACUGUUACAAGGGAGUACCCAAAGGAGGAAGUGAUUGAGAAGAUCAUAUCUAAUAAUAUUGGAGAGAAUUUUGCAGAAACUAGUCCAAGAGUAUGGAAAGGGGAAGUCCUUGAAGCUGUUGCGGAGAUUAAAGAUAGGCAUGAGGCUACUAAAGAGAUUGAAAAGAGUCUAUUGGGGCUUUACCAGGCCAAGGUUUAUUAUAGAAGCAACAAAAAAGGCUUGUGGAGUUUUCUGCUACUUUGCGAUGCUUCUGUAUGGAUUCAAAACAGCAAUAUCUCAGCUUGGAUGCUAAUGGCUGGAGGUGUCACAUCACAACUUGGGUUAUGGAUGUUUGAUUUGUCUGUCACGCAACAAGUGCAGGAUCAAGUUCCCGAUUCAGAUCGUUGCUUUGUUGGAGUGCAGAACUCACUGCAGUAUUAUUCAAUCUCUUAUUGUACGUUAUGGGAACAAUCAUCACAAGACCGAAGAUAACGAUAUUUCUCAGGAUAUUGGGAGGUUUUUUUUAUGGGUACAUGGUUUUUUUAGGGGAUUAUGGUACUGGGAGAACACCAAAGUCUAUUGAUGCUGGCGAGGAACUUAUUCGUGAAAAGGUCAAGGUUUGGUGGCCCCAUGACAAGAAGGAUAGUAGUAAAAAAUCCAAGGACAAUAGCAAUAAGGGAAGCAAGUCCAGGGAUGAGAUAUCUACCAAAGCCAAGGAAGAGAAGGAUGGUAAAUCAAGAAUGCAACUCCUAAACCUAGAAGAAUAAGUAUUAUGUAUGAGGACUGCAUCAGAUAUCUAAGGAUGACAGGAAAGUAACUGCAAACUAGUAAGAGCUUUUCCCUGGAUAGUAAAACCUAUUGUUUUCAUAGUGCCCACAGGAAAGUAUGCUCGAUAAGUAGCUGGCCGCCUCUCUUUGUCAAUAUAUCUUCAAGUCUUUCUGCCAGUCCAGGUUCACCAAUGCUUCCAUGUUUUAAUUAGGUUUGAAUCUGAAUUGUUUUAUUAUGUUUAUAUUUUUUGGCAGUUUUUCUAUAAGAAUGUAUACUCUUCAUAUUUCUAUAGUGUUAUGUAAUUGUUUUCACAUUUGGAAGAGAUUGUAGUUUGUUGAACUCGUAAAAUGAAGUUAGA